UUGUUUUUCGUGCAGCUUUACUACAAUAGAAUUUUAGCUCACAAAAUGCAGCCCAAUAUGACCAAAAUGACUGCAUCAACCCUCACAUUGCUCUUGAUAGUGGUCUCAGGAAUCGCAGGAACACCAGCAUCCACUGUCACUUUCAUUGAGCAGAUAGAGUUUGAGCCCGACAGCGUCCGCCAACUCGUGAUCUCGCUGAAUGAGACUGUCGUUGUUUGGUCGAACGAAUCGUUCACCGGGCUCUCCAUCUGCGUCGCCUCUACCGACAGUGAAGUGGCGAUCGUCACAUCCGAGCCGUUAAUAUUUGAACCUUCUGGCGGUGAGCAUCACUCCAAGUUCAGGUCUAGCUUUGAGGUAACCGGCAAUUUUCUGGGCUACACGAGACUUUACCUGCUGGAUUGCUCGUCGCGCAAUGAGUCGAGCGCAGCCAAGCCGGAUAAGGAGUCGAGCGUGUUUGUGUCGGUCAUCAGGGAGGACAGCGGCAUGGAUAAUUACAUACUGGGUACCAUCACCGUGCUCAUGUUUUUCAUGUACAUCAAUUUCGGGUGCGCCCUCAACCUGCCCGUGGUGAAGAAAACGCUGAAAAGGCCGAUUGGCAUCACGAUCGGACUGGUCUCGCAGUUCAUCUUCAUGCCCUUGAUGAGUUUCGGUCUCGCCAGACUCUUGUUUCCCGACCAGCCAGCCCUUCAGCUCGGCCUCUUUUUCAUCGGCAGCUCGCCCGGCGGCGCGGCCAGCAAUAUCUGGACGCUGGUUCUCGAGGGAAAUCUCGACCUGUCGGUCACCAUGACGGCAGUCAGCACUUUCGUUAGCUUCGUUACCAUUCCCAUUUGGGUUUUCUCGCUUGGAGGCGUUAUUUUCGAGGAAGCAAACAUUGGAGUGCCGUACGUGAAGAUCGCAGUGAUCGCCAUCACUCUGUUCGUGCCCUUGGUCAUUGGCGUUUUGUUCCAAAUUUUCCUGCCUAAGGUUUCCAAUUUCCUGGGGAAAAUCCUUAAACCGUUUGCCGUUAUUAUGCUUCCCAUCAUCAUCUUUGGCACCUUCACUAACUUGUACCUCUUCAAAUUCCUCACUUGGCAGCUAGGAGUAGCUGCGAUUCUUGAUCCGCUCCUUGGCUAUCUUUUCGGCGCCAUAGUGUCAAAGUUGUUUGGCCUGGACACCAGAGACACGAUUGCUAUUUCCAUCGAAACUGGCAUACAGAACACAGCCAUCGCCGUUUUGCUGCUCAAAUUCGCUCUUGAAACACCGGAAUCGGACAUUGCUGCCAUUUGUCCCGUGGCUGUGUUCCUCAUGACGCAAAUUCCACUUAGUAUUCUACUCAUUUUUAUCAAAAUACGCGAGUGCAGAGGGCGAAAAGACGCCGAAAAAGGAAUCAGGCCCGAUGAAUAUGUAGAGAUUCCACUAAAAAGGCAAAUCUCAACAUAAAUUGUGAAUAUUCUAUGAAAGUUCAUGUGUAAAUAAAAGAGCGCCAUGUUAAUUAUUGAAAAUA